GCGCCGUCGUCCAAACACAUUACUGACGGUCGCGCGGUCGGUCACUCACAACAUUACGCCGGUUUUAUACAUCACUAACUCUAAACUGAACUUCGGAUAAUUACAAUGACGCCGCCGAAACAUAAACUAAUUAAGGUUUAUUGGCACUAACCGAACGCGAAUUUGACGGUGAUUAACUGUGGUUAAAAGUUGAUCGGUUAUGGAUAUGAAAUGAUCGGAUACGAUGGGUGCGAAGAUUUUGUGUUUUGUAGUAGUGGCAGCAGCUUAUGUUUUUGCAGAGGAUUUACGGAUUGGGGGUAUCUUCUACGAAGAUGCAGAGGACCUGAAAGAGGCGUUCACUCUCAGCGCUAAGCUAGCCAACUUCACGCCUACAAUCAAGGAGGUCUCCAAGAGAGGGGAGAUCCUCGAAGUGAGGACGCACGUCUGCGAGCUUGCUGACGAAGGCGUGAUAGGAAUAAUAGAUGGCGUUGGAGGCCGAGGGAGCGAGAUCAUCCAGUCUCUCUGCGAUAUCAUGGAGCUGCCGCACGUGUUGCUUCGGUACGACUUCACGUAUCCCAACGACUGGUCGCUUUUGAACUUGUACCCCAGCCCAGAAGUUUAUAAUAACGUGGUAGAACAGUUAGUACUGCAGAAGCAGUGGAAAAACUUCACGCUGCUGUACAUACGAGGACGCAGUUUGUUCCGACUGCACAGCUUGCUGCAAAUGGGCAACGACACAGACAGGUUGACCAUUGGGGUGAGGGAGCUCAGCGGGAGCGAUUAUAGGGACGUCCUAAUAAACGCUAAAGACAAUGGCUACGUGAACUUCAUAGUAGACUGCCCUUCGAGACACCUGGAGCAGUUACUCCGGCAAGCUCAGCAAGUCGGGCUUAUGGCUGAUGAGCACUCCUACAUCAUAUUAUCACCGGAUUUGUUCACCUUGGACAUGGAACGGUAUAGGUACGGUGGAGUUAACAUGACUGGUUUUAGGCUAAUGGAUUUGAAGACAAGCGAGAACCUUUGGGAAUUCACCAAUCAUUAUAACGCUGAGACUGGGAAAACGCUCCAACCUGAACAGUUGAAAACAGAACUGCUGUUAGUGUAUGACGCUAUGAAGGUAUUCGAGGCUGCAUUGAAAAAGCUUCAAACUCUCACAGUGCAGUCGUUGAAAUGUGAAGACUUCGAAGCCUGGACAUACGGGUCAUCUUUACAGAAUUUUAUGAAGACGAAUAAGGUGGAAGGUUUAACAAGAACUUUAUUAUUUAACGGACUGGGAGAUCGAACUGACGUUACCUUUGAUGUGCUGGAGUUGACGUCAUCGGGUAACCAAACGAUUGGAACAUGGAAAGCGAAUAUUCUAGAAAUUACACGUCCUAAAAUACCUGAUGGUGAGCUGACAGAGAACACUGCCCUUACAAACAAGACGCUGAAAGUAUUAAUUACGACGACAGGUCCAUACGGCUAUUUAAAAGACUCUGAACACAAUUUGGUCGGGAACGACAGGUACGAAGGGUUCUCAAUUGAUCUAAUUGCGAAGAUCGCCGAAAUCUUGGGAUUCAGUUAUGAAUUCGAAGUCGAAGAGGACAAUGGAAAGAUUGUCAAUGGGAAAUGGACCGGCAUGCCUCGGAAACUAAUGAACGACGAUGCCGACCUAGCUAUUUGCGACUUCACGAUCACCGCUCUGCGUCAAAGUGUGAUAGACUUUUCUACUCCGUUUAUGAGUUUAGGUAUUGGAAUAUUGUAUAAACAGCCCAGCAAGCAACCGCCCGAGAUGUUUUCCUUCAUGGCAGUCUUCUCUAAAGAGGUAUGGUAUUACAUGGUCCUAAUCCAACUCCUACUGGGCUGUGUAAUGAUAUUCGUGGGUAGGAUAUCCCACAAGGAGUGGCAGAACCUCGUCCCCUGCAUUGAAUCGCCUGAGGAGUUGAGCAACCAAUUCAGCUUCGCCAACUCCGUGUGGCUUAUUAUUGGAUCCGUCAUGCAGCAAGGUUCCGAGAUCGCGCCCAUUGCUGUAGCUCCUCGAAUGAUCACUAGUAUCUGGUGGUUUUUCACCAUGGUCAUGGUGGCUUCGUACGUUGGUACUUUGGUCGCUUUCCUCACGGUAGAGAAGAAUGUCCUACCCUUCCAGAAUGUGGAAGAACUUUUUAAACACAAGUCUAUAUCAUAUGGCGCGAAAGAAGGGGGUUCUACUCACGAAUUUUUUGUGCAAUCGAAACAUGAAAUAUACAAGAAAAUGAAUCAGAAAAUGACUGCUAAGGGUUGGCUUGUUCAAAGCAAUCAAGACGGUGUGAACUUAGUAGAAAACAGUACUUAUGCAUUUUUCAUGGAAUCGACUUCCAUAGAAUACACCAAACAAAGACACUGUGAUUUGCUUCAAAUCGGCGGAUUACUCGACUCCAAAAGUUAUGGGAUUGGCAUGAAGAAAAAUUCAACGCUUAAAGUUCAUAUUGACCGCGCGCUGUUGAUGUUGAAGGAGAGGGGGGAGAUAAAAAAGUUGAAGGAUCUUUGGUGGAAUGACAGGAGAGGGGGAGGAAAUUGUGACAAUGAAGUCGCUGCAGAAGAAAAGCAGUUGGGCAUGAAGAAUAUGCUGGGAGCAUUCGUGGUGCUGGGUGUGGGCUGCUUGAUUGGGCUCUUCAUAUCCACCUUGGACAUGCUUUGGGGUGUCUUCAAACGCUCCGUCAAAUAUGGCACAACCUUCAAAUACGAGUUGGUAGAAGAACUCAAGUUCGCACUCAAGUUUAGUGGAGACGUGAAACCAGUUAAGCGGCCUGAGAAGACGGACGGUAGUCAAGAAGCUUUAGCCGAAGCUGAAAAGAAGGAUGAAAUCAAGUCUUUGAAAUCCCUUUCACGAAGGUCCACUUCGACGCACAAGUCCCAUCACUCCCACAGUUCUAGGCAUUCGCCAAGAGAUCUGAGUGUCGCUUUUGCUAAAAGAAGAGAAUAUUAGUAAGUUUAAUUAUGUUGAUGUUUAUUUUCCUAUUUAAUUUCAUAAAUAGUAAGUAUCUAAGUGAUUUUAG